AUGAAUGAGAACAGAACCAAAUUUAUGGAAAAAUUCAGAAAUAGAAAAAACCUAAUUAAUUUUAAAGGAGAAGAUUCAGAAAAUAAAAAAAUUAUAGGUCAUAUAGGAGGAGAAAAUUUUAGAAAGGAGAUAGACGAUUGGAUAAGUGAAGAUAAUACAAAUGUAAAUUUCACAGUUAAUGCUGAGAAAUCAAACAAAACCGUUGAAAUAUCAGGAACGCAUAUCUUAUAA